CCCGGAUUUUGACAACACUGUAGUCUUUAUGGCUCUCUGUACCUCAAUGGCAUACAGUAACAUUAACUGAAUGAGGUAACCUACUUCUGUGUCUAGUCGAACACACAUCUGAAAGUGGCUUUGCAGCAGCUCUUAAAUAAUAAACAACAUUUGCGAUAUCUAUCCCCUUUGUGAUGCUGACUUGUUGACGAUGUUUUCUGAGGCAGACAGGAAAGUUUUUAGACUAAGUUACAGACUGACAAUACUCGAAACAUUGACACCAGCUGCUCAAACGUCAAUCAAAAUGUUUUAAGAUAUUGCCUUUAAAACUAUUCUACUUUAAUUUAGUUAGGGGCGAGGCCAACAUUGUCAUAGAAACCACUCCUUAGUUGUAAUUAACAGACGUCCUGUAGGCUAGUUAUGACAAGCUUCAGAGAUGCCAUAAAUCAGAGUCUAUCGGGAAGAAGAAACACUAGCAGCCGAACCGAUGUCACAAUGGAAACAGUGUGACGAGCCUAAGAUGGAGGAUGACUCUGUCCACAACAUGAGUUCUGCGCGAGGACUUCCACCGCUUCCCCAGUCGUCCACCGAUCAACCUUCGGAGCUUUAUCAGAUUGUGAAUCGGCACAGCCAGCACCCCCCUCUGCUCCAGGCAAGCUCCUGGACCCAGGCUGCCCCAUUCAAGGAGCUGCGGCACCACCGCUCACCCUCAGACUCCAUCGCCAAUAACUUCAGCCCCAGUGCACGCAACCUGCGCACCGCAAACCUCCUGCGGAGAGCACCAGGACACUCGGCUGCCUCCUCUGAUAGCACAUCACCUUCUCAGACUGGAAGCAGAAAGAGACUCAGUACCCACAGCUCAAGGGGCCGCACACACAGCCAGGCCCCUGCUCCAUACAGCCGGCCCAUGACCCCUCAGGAGCAGCUGGACAUCAUGUACAACCAGGAGCAGAGGGAGGGGAGCAGCCAGACCGGACCCUCUGAGGCAGACCUGGAGAGGUAUGUUUACUACAUCAAAGAAGUCGACAGCUCCAUGCUGGCUCCCCCACCGGCCCAGCAGAUGCAGAACAUCCUGCAGCUGGUGCCCAGUCAUUUGCGUGGCAUGACCCGAGAGGUGCUGCAGCUCGAGGAGCAGCUACAGCAGGAGGUGCACAAGGACUACGACUACAGCCUCCGCAAGAGCAUCGUGGACUAUAUCCUACAGGACCCCUCCGAACGAGAGCGUGUGUUCAUUUUAAAUGUGCCACAACCGUUUCCCAAUCGGGUGAUCCGUGGCCCAGUGCCAUGGUCUAGAAGUUUCCAUCAGGUUCACAACUGGCACAUUCAGCACCUGUUCACAGUCAACCCCAUGAUGUUCCACUUACAGAACCUCUGGGUCAACAGUUUUGCAUCUCUGCGAUUCGUGUCUCUUCGUGACCUGUGCUCUGCGAAUCUGCCACUGCUGCCGAGUGAGUUUCAGGAGCUGGUGCACAAACAGUGCCGAAAGGCCAGAGAAGUGCUGCUGGAGAGGUGGCUCCCUCGCUGUGCGUCUCUGUUUGUGAACUAUAAGGAUCAGUGGAUGAAGCAGGCGCCCCAGAAUAAGUACGUGGUCAAAGUGAGCGGCCAAGAGUUCUUCAGCUGUGUGGCCACACUCAUGUCCAUGCAGCUACGCAGCCUGGUCAUCGCCUCACUACAGGACCUGCUCAGCUUCCUGUCACCUUACCACAAGGGUAAUGAUUUUGGAGCGGAAUAUGAUGACCUGGCGUUCACCCAGGCUCAGAUGCUGCUGGUUAGGCUGCAGGUGGAGGAGCCACGCAUCACCUUCCAGCCCAGUCUGGAUCAAUGCUGGCUGCUGGUCCACAAGGCCUUCUCUGAGAUCAUAGACAGCUCACAGAAACUGCCUCGGCUGGAAAGACACCUGUUUUCUGAGGUCCAGGGACAAAAUCUUAUACUCCGCUCAGUGAAGCCUGAGGAGGCACUCGUCACAGACCUGAUAAAUCAAGCCAGAGCGAUCUUCAACAGGAAUACUGUUGGACCACAGAGGUAUUUGGAUGUGUACAAGAAGUACAACAGUCUGCUGGAUAAUUCAGCAAAACAGGACAUCUUGGCUUUCCUAAAGGAAAAACAUUCACUGCAGGGUUUCACGAAGAAAAUCUCUGGUAUCCAGCGUGUGUGGGAAGACAUUGCUUCUCUCCGUGUCACCGUUCCUCUGUCUCUGUUCUGUCUGGACGUGGUCAACCUGAAUGAAGACCUGUGUGACCGCGCCCAGCGCCUGAAGGGCCGCCUCAUCACACACACACUGGAUGAGAACCGUGCGCUCAACAAGAGCAUCUGCCACCGCUUUGAUGAGAUCGUGGAGACCAUCACCAGCGUCCCCAACACCACUGAGGAGCUGACGGAGCUCAACCAGUUCCUCAAACGCACCAGCGAGGUCACUGUGCACACACUGCAGGCCGAGAUCGACGAGGCCUGUAAUCGCCUUGUUUUCUUAUUGGACUGUGCCACACUGCCUGUGGAGGAUUUGAAGUUGAACAGCACAGUGUUCCAUUGGCCAGAGCAGAUCCAGUGUGUGUUUGAGCUCAGUAAGGGCCGCCUGGCCACCAGGAGGGAACAAGCAGAAGAGCACCUGCAGAAGAGGUUGCUGGAGUUCGACCACAUGCUGCAGAGUAUGAGUAAGGAGGUGGAGAGCUUCAAGAAGAAAGAGAUGAUGGGCCUGGAGGAGAUGAAGAACAACGUGGAGAAACUCAACGAGAUCCAGCUGGCACUCGACUCAGCCAUCACUGAGCUGGAGGACAUCAAUAAAGAAGAAGUCUUGCUAGAAAAAGAAGAGAGUGAGUUCCCUCAGCUGCAAAGUCUCAUGACUGCCAAGCAGCCCUACGACCAGCUGUGGUGCACUGCUCUCAACUUCCAGAACAAGUCAGAGAUGUGGAUGAAGGGCUCCUUCCAGCACCUGAACGCCGAGCACAUCACCGAGGAGCUGACGUCCAUGUGGCGCCUCAUGUACAAACUCACCAAGGGCUUCUCCGAGCUGGCGGGACCGCGGCGCGUGGCGGACAGCUUCAGGAUCAAGAUGGACAAGUUCAAGACCCACCUGCCCCUCCUCACGACCAUCUGCAACCCCGGCAUGAAGGACAGACACUGGGAGCAGAUUAGUGACAUCGUUGGCCUUGAUGUGAAACCAGACCCAGACACGUCGCUGGUCAACAUGGUGGAGCUGGGACUGUCCAAGUUCUCUGAUAAGCUGGAAGAGAUUGGAUCAGCUGCCAGUAAGGAGUUCUCAUUAGAGAAAGCCCUGGAGAAAAUGAAGAAGGAAUGGGCAGAUUUACGACUCUCAUUUACCGAGUACAGAGACACGGGCACAAGUAUUGUGUGUGCGGUCGAUGACAUCCAGGUAUUGCUUGAUGAUCAUGCCAUAAAGGCUCAGACCAUGCGUGGCUCUCCUUUCAUCAAGCCCAUUGAGGCCGACUGCAAGCAAUGGGAGGAGAAGCUGUUGUCCAUGCAGGACAUCCUGGAGGCCAUGCUGCAGUGCCAGGCCACCUGGCUCUAUCUGGAGCCCAUCUUCAGCUCCGAGGACAUCAUCGCUCAGAUGCCCGAGGAGGGACGCAAGUUCGGCAUUGUAGACAACUACUGGAAGGACAUCAUUUCUGAAGCGGUCAAGGACACACAUGUGUUGGUGGCCACGGGUCAGCCCAACAUGCUGGCUCGUCUGCAGGAGUCUAACCUGUUUCUGGAGGACAUCCAAAGAGGCCUGAACACCUACCUGGAGGAGAAGAGACUCUAUUUCCCCAGGUUCUUUUUCCUCUCUAAUGAUGAAUUGCUGGAGAUUCUCUCUGAGACCAAAGACCCACUGAGAGUUCAGCCCCACCUGAAGAAGUGCUUUGAGGGCAUUGCCAAACUGGAAUUCACCCCUGAUUUGGAGAUAGUUGGUAUUAUCAGCUCAGAGAAGGAGACGGUGCCUUUCAGUGAAAAACUCUACCCUGCUCAAGCUAAGGGGAUGGUGGAGAAGUGGCUGCUCCAAGUUGAGAACAUGAUGCUAAGGAGUGUUAGAGAUGUCAUAUGUAAAGGAGUGGAGCAAUACCCCCAGGUGCCACGGAAACGUUGGGUUUUGCAGUGGCCAGGUCAGGUGGUCAUUUGUGCAUCCUCUAUUUACUGGACCAGUGAAGUAUCUGAUGCCAUCAUGAACAACACACUACCAGAUUAUUUGGUGAAGAGUAACGCUCAGAUUGGUGAGAUCGUGGAGCUGGUGAGAGGCAAGCUGUCAGGGGGGUCCAGAAUGACUCUGGGGGCGCUGACUGUCAUUGAUGUCCAUGCCCGUGACGUGGUGUGUAAGCUGGCGGAGGACCGUGUGUCCUGCCUGAAUGACUUCUCGUGGAUCUCACAGCUGCGCUACUACUGGGAGGAUGGAGACGUGCUCCUGAGGAUGAUCACCACCUGCCUCACCUACGGCUACGAGUACCUGGGCAACUCAGGUCGCCUGGUCAUCACGCCUCUCACCGACCGCUGCUACAGAACUCUGAUGGGAGCUUUAAAGCUUAAUCUGGGGGGAGCCCCUGAGGGUCCAGCUGGAACAGGCAAGACUGAGACCACCAAAGACUUGGCCAAAGCCCUGGGCAAACAGUGUGUGGUGUUUAACUGCUCAGACGGCCUGGAUUACAAGGCCAUGAGUAAGUUCUUUAAGGGGCUGGCACAGUCUGGAGCCUGGGCCUGCUUUGAUGAGUUUAACCGAAUUGAGGUGGAGGUGCUAUCAGUGGUGGCCCAGCAGGUCUUGUGCAUCCAGCAGGCCAUAGGUCGUAAACUGAAGCGCUUCAUGUUUGAGGGCACGGAGCUGUCUCUCAACCCAACCUGCUGCGCCUUCAUCACCAUGAAUCCAGGCUACGCCGGCCGUGCAGAGCUGCCCGACAAUCUCAAGGUUCUGUUCCGUACAGUGGCAAUGAUGGUCCCUGACUACGGACUGAUUGGAGAGAUCUCCCUGUACUCCAUGGGUUUCAUUCUGUCUCGAAGCCUGGCUCAGAAGAUUGUGGCGACCUACCGGCUGUGCUCAGAGCAGCUCUCCUCUCAGUGUCACUAUGACUACGGGAUGCGUGCGGUGAAAUCGGUCCUGACUGCCGCGGGGAACCUCAAACUAAAGUACCCGGACGUGGAAGAGAACGUGCUGCUUCUCAGAGCCCUCAUGGAUGUCAACUUGGCCAAGUUCCUUGCUCAGGAUGUGCCCCUCUUCCAGGGUAUAAUCUCAGAUCUGUUUCCUGGAGUGGUCCUGCCCAAGUCUGACUACGAGUUACUGCUGCAGGCUCUGGAGGACAACAUAGCCAAAUUGAAACUACAGCCUGUGCCCUGGUUCAUUGGAAAAAUCGUACAGGUGUAUGAGAUGAUGUUAGUCAGACAUGGCUUCAUGAUUGUGGGUGAGCCAAUGGGAGGGAAAACAUCUGCAUAUAAAGUACUGGCAGGAGCUCUAGGAGACCUAUUCAAAGCCUAUCAGAUGGAGGAGUUUGCUGCAGUGCUCUUCCGUAUCCUCAAUCCCAAAGCCAUCACCAUGGGGCAGCUGUACGGGUGCUUCGACCCAGUGAGUCACGAGUGGUCCGACGGCGUGCUGGCCACCUCCUUCCGUGAGCAGGCCCAGUCCGUCUUAGACGACCGCCAGUGGAUCGUGUUUGAUGGGCCUGUGGACGCCGUCUGGAUUGAGAACAUGAACACUGUGCUGGAUGACAAUAAGAAGCUGUGUCUGAUGAGUGGUGAGAUCAUUCAGAUGAGCUCAAAGAUGAGCUUGAUCUUUGAAACAGCUGACUUGGAGCAGGCCUCUCCAGCUACUGUUAGCAGGUGUGGUAUGAUUUACAUGGAACCCCAUCAGCUUGGGUGGACUCCUCUCAGAGACUCCUACAUGGACACACUCCCCACGAGCCUCAGUGAAGAGCACAUAGAACUGGUAACCGAUCUGUUUGAUUGGCUGCUGCAGCCAAGUCUGGAAUUCAUUACCCAUGAGUGUCGGUUCCUGGUGCAGACCUCCCCCAUUCACCUCGCUUACAGCCUUAUGCGGCUAUACACCUGCCUGUUGGAUGAGAUUGCUGAAUCUGAUAAGGAGGGGAAAGAGCCCAUGUCAAGUCAACAGAUGACCAUGUGGCUGCAGGGCCUCUUCCUAUUCGCUCUGGUGUGGACUGUGGGCGGGACUAUCAAUGGUGACAGCAGAAAAAAGUUUGACGCAUUUUUCCGGAACCUGAUCUCCGGCACCGACCCCAAUCAUCCGCGACCCAAGAGCAUCAAACUCACAAAGAACAACACCUUCCCUGAAAGAGGCACAGUGUAUGACUACUACUUCCACAAACAAGGGCCAGGCCAGUGGAACACAUGGACAGACUCAAUCACUAAGGAGGAGAGCACCAUCGCUCCCGCCGCGAAUGUGUCAGACCUGAUCAUCCCCACCAUGGAAACGGCGCGCCAGCUCUUCUUCCUCCGCACCUAUGUGGCCCACGAGGUGGCCACGCUGUUUGUGGGGCCCACAGGCACGGGCAAGUCUGUCAUCACCUCCAACUUCCUGAUGAGUCUGCCCAAGCAGAGCUACACACCCAACUGCAUCAACUUCUCUGCUCGUACCUCAGCCAAUCAGACGCAAGACAUCAUCAUGUCCAAGCUAGACCGCAGACGCAAGGGCAUAUUUGGACCGCCUAUGGGAAAGAAGUGUAUCAUUUAUGUUGAUGACCUGAACAUGCCAGCAAAGGAGGUUUACGGGGCACAGCCUCCCAUCGAGAUUCUGAGGCAGCUCAUUGAUCACGCCCACUGGUAUGACAGGAAGGACACGUCUCGUCAGGACAUUAUCGAUGUGCUAUUACUCACAGCGAUGGGGCCCCCUGGUGGCGGCAGAAAUGACAUUACAGGACGUUUCACACGGCACCUGAAUGUGGUGUCCAUUGACUCCUUUGAUGACGAGACACUCAGCAAGAUCUUCACAUCAAUCACUGACUGGCACUUUGCUAAAGGGUUUGAUGCUUCCUUUUCCAGACUGGGUAAGAUCAUGGUCCAGGCUACCAUGGCUGUCUAUAAAGACGCUAUAGCGGCCUUCCUGCCAACUCCCUCGAAGUCCCAUUACAUCUUCAACCUGCGCGACUUCAGCAGAGUCAUCAAAGGAGUGUUGCUCGCUCCAGCCACUACCCUGAAGGAGGGCGAUAAGCUCAUACGACUCUGGAUCCAUGAGAUAUACCGGGUAUUCUAUGACCGUCUCAUUGACAAUGAAGACAGAGAAACCUUCUUUAAUAUUGUUAAGGAACGAACCUCAGACUACUUCAAACAAAGCAUGGACAAGCUCCUCGGCCACAUCUCGACAUCUGUCAAAGUGGAGGACGAGGACAUCCGCAGCCUGUUCUUUGGUGACUACACCAAGCCUGACUCAGACUCGCGGGCCUACGACGAGAUCACCGACCUGAAGGCUCUGACGUCCAUCAUGGACUUCUACUUGGACGAGUUCAACAACGUGAGCAAGGCGCCCAUGUCACUGGUCAUGUUCAAGUUCGCCAUCGAGCACAUCUCCCGCAUCUGCCGCGUGCUCAAGCAGGACAAUGGGAACCUGCUGCUGGUGGGCAUCGGCGGCUCAGGCCGGCAGAGCGCCACCAAGCUGGGCACCUUCAUCAACGACUACGAGCUCUUCCAGAUCGAGCUGACGCGCACCUACAGCAUGUCAGACUGGCGGGACGACGUCAAGCGCCUGAUGCUGAAGACGGGCGUCGAGGGCAAGAGGACUGUGUUCCUGUUCAGCGACGGGCAGGUGAAGGACGAGGUAUUCGUGGAGGACAUUAACAUGCUGCUGAACACGGGUGACGUGCCCAACAUAUUUGCUGCCGACGAGCGUGCCGAUAUCAUCGACAAGAUGCAGGGCGUGGCACGCAAGGAGGGCAAGAAGAUCGAUGCCACGCCCCUCUCCAUGUACAACUACUUUAUCGACCGCAUCAAAGCCCACCUGCACAUCGUCCUGGCAAUGAGUCCCAUCGGUGAUGCCUUCCGUAAUCGCUUGCGCAUGUUCCCAUCACUGAUCAACUGCUGCACUAUCGACUGGUUCCAGGCCUGGCCUACAGACGCUCUGGAGAUGGUUGCCCACAAAUUCCUACAGGAUGUGGAACUGGAGGACAACAUCAGAGUCGAGGUGGUGGAAAUGUGUAAGACCUUCCAGGAGAGCGUGCGUCUCCUGAGUGAGAGGUACUACUCUCAGCUGCGCCGGCACAACUAUGUGACACCCACCUCCUACCUGGAGCUGAUCCUCACCUUCAAGACUCUGCUGAGCUCACGCAGGAACCAGGUGGACACCUUCCGGAACCGCUACCUGAUUGGGCUGGAGAAGCUGGACUUCGCUGCCUCUCAGGUGGCAGUGAUGCAAGAGGAGCUGACUGCAUUGCAGCCCCAGCUGAUAAAGACAUCGGCAGAGACAGACACCAUGAUGAUCAAAAUUGAGAAGGAGACUGUGGAGGUGGAUGCCAAGAAAGAAUUGGUGGCUGCAGAUGAGAAAGUAGCCAAUGACGCAGCAGCUGCAGCCAAGGCCAUUAAGGAUGAGUGUGAGGGUGAUCUGGCAGAAGCCAUGCCUGCUCUGGAGGCUGCCCUCUCAGCUCUGGACACUCUGAAGCCUGCUGACAUCACUGUGGUCAAGUCCAUGGCCAAUCCACCUGCAGCCGUCAAACUGGUCAUGGAGUCUAUCUGUGUCAUGAAGGGCAUCAAGCCUGAGAGGAAGCCUGACCCUGGUGGCUCAGGUAAAAUGAUUGAGGACUAUUGGGGCAACUCUAAGAAGCUUCUGAGUGACCUGCAUUUCCUGGACAACCUCAAGGCCUUUGACAGAGACAACAUUCCCCCAGCCAACAUCAAGCGCAUCCGUGAGAAGUUCGUCGACCACCCGGACUUUCUGCCCGCACUUAUCAAAAACGUGUCGUCGGCCUGUGAAGGCCUCUGUAAAUGGGUGCGUGCUAUGGAGGUCUAUGAGCGUGUGGCUAAGUUAGUGGCGCCCAAGAAAGAGCGGCUCCUGGGGGCAGAGUCCGAGCUGGCCAUCCAGAUGGAGACCCUGGGGGUGAAACGGGCAGAGCUGAAGGAGGUGGAAGACCGCCUGCAGGCUCUGAACAACACCUUUGAGGCCAUGUGCCAGAAGAAGGAGGACCUGGAGGACAACAUCGAACUGUGUUCCCAGAAGCUCAUCAGAGCAGAGAAGCUGAUCGGUGGGCUAGGUGGGGAGAAGGACCGCUGGACUGAGGCCGCCCACAACCUGGGCAUCAAGUACACCAACCUGACUGGGGACGUCCUACUGUCCUCUGGCACGGUGUCCUACUUGGGUGCAUUCACGGUGGACUACCGCGUUGAGUGCCAGCAUGCCUGGCACAGAAUGUGUCAACAAAAGAAAGUGCCCUGCUCUGACGACUUCACUCUCAACAACACCCUUGGUAACCAAGUAUCGAUUCGACAAUGGCAGAUUUCAGGGCUACCUGUGGACUCAUUCUCAACCGACAAUGGUAUCAUUGUGACGAACUCAAGGCGAUGGCCACUGAUGAUUGACCCCCAAGGUCAGGCCAACAAGUGGGUAAAGAACAUGGAGAAAGCCAAUAAGUUAGCCAUCAUCAAACUCUCAGAUUCAACCUAUGUCAGAACCUUGGAGAAUUCCAUCCAGUUCGGCACGCCUGUUCUGCUGGAGAACGUCGGGGAGGAGCUGGAUGCUGUUCUGGAGUCAGUCCUCUUGAAGCAAACAUUCCGGCAACAGGGUGUUGAGUACAUAAAGAUUGGCGAGAACAUAGUGGAAUAUUCCAAAGACUUUCUCUUCUACAUGACCACAGGUCUUAGGAAUCCACACUACCUCCCUGAGGUGGCCGUGAAGGUGUGCCUGAUCAACUUCAUGAUCACACCAUUAGGGUUGGAGGACCAGCUGCUUGGCAUUGUGGCGGCCAAGGAGAAGCCCGAGCUGGAGGAGAAGAAGAACCAGCUGAUUCUGGAGAGCGCUGCCAACAACAAGCAGCUCAAGGAGAUCGAGGACAAGAUCCUGGAAGUCCUCUCCUCCUCCAAGGGGAACAUCCUGGAAGACGAGACGGCCAUCAAGGUGUUGUCGUCCUCCAAGAUCCUGUCUGAGGAGAUCUCAGAGAAGCAAAAGGUGGCGAAUAUUACCGAGCUGGAGAUCGACGACACUCGUAUGGGCUACCGUCCUGUGGCCGAGCACUCCUCCAUCCUGUUUUUCUGUGUCUCGGACUUGGCCAACAUUGAGCCCAUGUACCAGAAUUCACUCACCUGGUUCAUAAACCUGUUCAUGAACUCCAUUUCUCAGAGUGUUCGCAGCGAUGACCUGAAUACACGCAUUGACAACAUCAUCGCUCACUUCACCAACAACAUCUACAACAACGUGUGCCGCUCACUCUUCGAGAAAGACAAGCUGCUCUUCUCCUUGCUGCUGACUGUGGGUAUCAUGAAUGGGAAGGGGCAGAUCGACGACCAAGUGUGGCGUUUCCUCCUCACGGGGGGCAUCGCUCUGGACAACCCACACACUAACCCCGCCCCUGAGUGGCUCACGGAUAAGGCUUGGUCUGAGAUUGUGCGCGCCUCCGGACUAUGCAACCUGAAGGGCUUGUAUGAGCAUGUGCAGGACUGUGCGGGGAAGUGGAGGCAGAUCUAUGACUCAAGCCUGCCCCACGAGGAGCAGCUGCCCGAUAAAUGGCGUAUGCUGGCGGGUAUGGACCGCUUGGUGGUGCUGCGCUGCUUCAGGCCCGAUAAGCUGGUGCCUGCUAUCCAGGAGUUCAUCGUGGUGAACAUGGGCAAUGCUUACAUCGAGCCCCCCACUUUUGACCUGGCUGGCAGCUACAAUGACUCCAACUGCUGCUCCCCGCUGAUUUUCAUCCUCUCUCCAGGAUCCGACCCUACUGCAGGACUACUGAAAUUUGCGGAUGACCUAGGAAUGGGAGGCAGUAAGACCCAGACCAUCUCUCUGGGUCAGGGCCAGGGUCCCAUUGCGGCACGCAUGAUUGAGCAGGGGCUGAAGGAGGGGGGCUGGGUGGUGCUGCAGAACUGCCACCUGGCCACCAGCUGGAUGCCGGCCCUGGACAAGAUCUGUGAGGAGGUUAUCACCCCUGAGAACACACAUACCGACUUCAGGUUAUGGCUUACCAGCUACCCCUCAGACAAGUUCCCUGUGAGCAUCCUGCAGAACGGGGUCAAGAUGACCAACGAGCCGCCCAAAGGCCUGCGAGCCAACGUGCUGCGCUCCUACCUCAACGACCCCAUCUCUGACACCAACUUCUUCCUCAGCUCCAGCAAACAGGAGGUCUGGCAGAAGCUGCUCUUCGGGAUCUGCUUCUUCCACGCCCUGGUGCAGGAGAGGAGAACCUAUGGACCAAUGGGGUGGAAUAUCCCAUAUGAGUUUAAUGAGUCAGACCUGAGGAUCACUAUGCGGCAGAUCCACAUGUUCCUUGAGGAGUAUGUGGAGGUUCCACUGGAGGCCCUCACCUACCUGGCUGGGGAGUGUAACUAUGGAGGAAGGGUGACUGAUGAUAAGGACAGGAGACUGUUGCUGUCCCUGUUAUCCAUCUUCUUCAACACCAACAUUCUAGAGCAGGACUGCUAUAAAUUGUGUGAGGGCGACCUCUACUAUGUCCCUGUUCAUGGUCCCUAUCAGAGCUAUGUCGACUACAUCCGCAAUCUACCAAUCAGUGCUGAGCCUGGUGUGUUUGGCCUGCACAGCAAUGCGGAUAUCACCAAGGACAACCAGGAGACCAAUCAACUCCUAGAUGGAGUUCUGCUGACUCUACCCAGACAGACAGGGGGUGGAGCCAAGUCACCACAGAUGAUAGUGGAUGAGUUGGCAGAGGAUAUUCUCUGCAAGUUGCCAGCAGAUUUUGACUUGGAAAAGGUGAUAAAGAAAUACCCAGUGCUCUAUGAGGAGUCAAUGAACACAGUACUGAGACAGGAGCUCAUUCGCUUCAACAGGCUGACGGAGGUGGUGCGCAGCACUCUGGUGAACAUCCGGCGGGCUAUGAAGGGACAGGUGGUGAUGUCAUCCGAGCUGGAGGGCGUGUUCAACAGCAUGGUGAUCGGGCGUGUUCCCGCCGCGUGGGCGUCCCGCUCCUAUCCCUCCCUCAAACCUCUGGGCGGCUACGUCAUAGACCUGCUUCAGAGGCUCCACUUCCUCCAGGACUGGAUCGAUAAUGGACCCCCAAGCGUUUUCUGGCUCUCUGGGUUCUACUUCACGCAGUCGUUCCUCACAGGGGUCUGCCAGAACUACGCUCGCAAAUACACCAUCCCCAUUGACUACAUCGGCUUUGAGUUUGACGUGACCAAACACGAGAGCCAUGUCGAGCAGAAGCCUGUAGACGGCGCCUACGUUUACGGCCUCUUCAUGGAGGGAGCGCGUUGGGACCGCGAGCACAUGCACAUUGGCGAGUCCCUCCCCAAGAUCCUCUUUGACACCCUGCCCAUCAUCUGGCUGAGGCCGGGCGAGAGUGCCAAGUUCAAGCAUGAAAACGUGUACGUGUGUCCGGUGUAUAAGACCAGCGCCCGGCGGGGGACUCUGUCCACCACUGGCCACUCCACCAACUUCGUGCUGCCCAUCGAGAUCACCUCUAACCGGCCCCAGCAGCACUGGGUCAACCGAGGGGUGGCCUGCUUGUGCCAGCUGGAUGACUGAGGAGGACACACACAUGCUCACAGACAUACAUAUAACAGACUGAGUCUACAAAACAACACGUUUAUUAAAGGUUUAUCACAUCAGGUCUGUAUGUUCCAGCAUGUUAACUAGAGCCAAUCAGACUGGCUUAAAAGGCCUUGCCGCCUUGGGAUGUGUGUGAGUGUGUGUGCUGAACUGAGACUAGAGGGAUACAGAUGUGAGGGUAUGGUCUUCAAUAGAGCAUUCAUUUAUAAGUGUAGAAUCAAUGCAUUUACUGCAGCUACAGGGCAAAGAUGGAUAUACAGUUACACUUUCAUGCACUUUCAUGCUACUUUAACAGUAUGUUGCCAUUGGAUACAACUGAGAAUGAUGGGUCAAAGGAAUACUGUGACUUUUUCUAUUUCAUUCCUAUUAGGUCAUAUUGUGAAAACAAGGUAAUCAUUUCAAAAUGAAAUAAUCCAAUAUAAUAUAUAGAGAAAUUAAAUCAAGAAAAAAACUAA